AGAGAGAGAGAGAGAGAGAGAGAGAGAGAGAGAGAGAGAGAGAGAAUCACCCAGAUAGACAGAGAAGGAGAGGAUAGACAGUGGGCUCGUCUCUCACUCAGACAGAGCUGGAAGGAAAGCAAAGGGGGAUGAGAGAGCGAAGCAAGAGGAGGAGAGGAAGACAAUGAAGGAGUGCCGUUGUUCAGCCCUGCCGUUCUGCUGUUUCACAUUCCGCUGAGACGGGGAAGAGAGGAGGAGGACAAGCGGAGGAGAGGAUAUGAGAUCUGGCAAUGACUUUGUGAUUUGAACGAGUGGAAGAGAGGAGAGAGAGAGAGAGGGUGUUUAAACAUGAAUAUGGUUCUGAUGUUAAUAUGGAGCUCUGUUAUUACCAUGCUACGGAUAAUCACCUCUACUCUGUCUAACCCAAAAUAAGGAACAAUUGUUUUACAUUUUUCAUUCAUUCUUGAAGCAAAGGAAGAGUUCUCAAGGAAUUUAUUCACAACUCAAGACAAAAAAUAACCUUUUUUUUGUAAAAUAAACAAUUAUAGGUGGAAAAAAACCUGUUCUGCAGAUUAUUAUACAAUCACCACCUUUGUGGUUACUUAUCUAACAGUUAGGACUGUUCAGGAAAACAUUCAGGUUGUUGUUGUUAUGCAAUUUUUUUCUAGUGUUAGCUAUUGUGAUUAGUAAAGUUUAUUGAUAUUAAUAUUGACUAUCAUAUAUGAAAGUGUUUCAUCCUCUGAAGCAAUAUAUGUUGUGUUAAUCCAUGUGUCCUAGCCAGUCUGGAAUCAGCCAGGUUGGGAUGUCAACAUUGAUUUGGUUUUAUGGCCGGUGCGACGUGGGCCAAACUUUGAUCAUUUCCUGAGUGGUAUUGAUCCCUCCAGGAGUCUCUGGCUGGCCGACCGGCUGUAGUUUCUCCAGUUAGAUGUUAAAGACCGUAAUGGGUCCGUCUCGGCUCUGCUUAGCUGCUCCUGGGCUCUGAUUUGUGGAAGCAGUCUGUUAUCUCUUUGUCUGAGAUGUUUCUGCCGCUGUCAGGAUUUCUCAAUAUAGAUCCUGAGCAGGCUUCUCUUUUAAUGUCUGUUGCCACGGCAACGUACAUCCGCCGCAGUCAGAGACAGACUGAGAUGUAAAGUUAUUUUGAGUCUUUUUCUCUUUUUUCAAACACUGGUGCUGUUCUUUCUAUACGUGUCUGUCUAGAGUGGUGAUGACCAGGAGAAACAGUCCAGACAGGACCAGACUAGUGUUGGGGUGGUGAUAACCAGGAGAAACAGUCUAGACUACUGGUGGGGUGGUGAUGACCAGGAGAAACAGUCCAGACAGGACCAGACUAGUGUUGGGGUGGUGAUAACCAGGAGAAACAGUCUAGACUACUGGUGGGGUGGUGAUGACCAGGAGAAACAGUCCAGACAGGACCAGACUAGUGUUGGGGUGGUGAUAACCAGGAGAAACAGUCUAGACUACUGGUGGGGUGGUGAUGACCAGGAGAAACAGUCCAGACAGGACCAGACUACUGGUGGGGUGGUGAUAGCCAUAUGAAACAGUCUAGACUACUGGUGGGGUGGUGAUAACCAGGAGAAACAGUCUAGACUACUGGUGGGGUGGUGAUAGCCAUAUGAAACAGUCUAGACUACUGGUGGGGUGGUGAUAACCAGGAGAAACAGUCUAGACUACUGGUGGGGUGGUGAUAACCAGGAGAAACAGUCUAGACUACUGGUGGGGUGGUGAUAACCAGGAGAAACAGUCUAGACUACUGGUGAUAACCAGGAGAAACAGUCUAGACUACUGGUGGGGUGGUGAUAACCAGGAGAAACAGUCCAGACUACUGGUGAUAACCAGGAGAAACAGUCUAGACUACUGGUGGGGUGUUAGUGUGUAGAACCUCUAACCUAUUUAUGUAAAUGUAGGCUCUGUCUAGAAUUCUAGACUGAAUUUGAUGGUUUGCCAUGAGGUAUAUCUGUCGUUCUCUCUCUUUAGCUUGUGCUGUGCCAUCUUCACUGGUAACUAGCGUCCUGACCGGGACAGGUGGUAUACCAAGCCAAUGUCAGAAAUGACUGGACUAAUCUGGAUUAUAAUCAGAUGAUUCUACUGAUACUAUAUGUGGACAUAUCAUUCACUUUGUACAGCUGUGGGACUGUGUAGUCUUAACUGGUAUCGUCAACUGUGUGUUGUUUAUGUGUUAGUGUAGUGGUGACUUUCUCCACUUGUUGUGUGUUUUCUAUGUGUGUAGGAGAAUCAGGACAUCUCCUCAGGUAGAGGGCGCUGUACUCUGCACUCGUCUGACCUACACUGUGUUUUAUUCUGUGCACUAACAUCUGGCAGGGCGAGGGUUAAACCUGCUGCACUAGCAUUUACUAGUGUUAACCUAUGUAUGUUUGCUAACUGACUCGUUGGCUAUGUUUGUGACAUCUCGUCACUGUUAGCGAAUGUUGCUAGCGUUUCACAAUUGAACGCAACUCUAUACGUUCAUCUGUGUUGACAUUUAUAUUUUAGUCAUUUAGUAGGCACUCAUUUCCAGAGCGACUUAGAGUUGUGAGUGCAUACUUGUUCCCCGUAGGAAUCGAACCCACAACCCUGGCGUUGCAAGCCUAAUGCUCCACCAGGUGAGCCACACGGGACACGUUGGCUACAGCCACUAAUUGACCGUCGCAAUCUGACCAUCUAGCCUGCAGUUAGCAUUCCACUGGUAGUGCUACAGCACUAGGACAAAUAGACAUUUAGAGCAUAGACUAUAAUGGAGGACUUUUGUAGUUAAGACAGUCAGGCUGUGCUAAGAGCCUGCCGUAGGCUGUCGUAAGACCUUCAUAGCCCCUACAUAGCACUUCAUAGCUAAUCCCAGUCUGUAUCCUGAUGCGUUCUGGUGCUCUCUGUCUGGGAGGAGACGUUAGCUAGCGAGUGCUGUGGCAGGCUCGGUAGACAGACGCUCUGGUGCUAGACUGGUGGGAUCGAGCGAGCGUCCCUCUGUCUGUUGCUAGGCAGCCAAAAUCAAACGGCUAGCCCUCUGCUAGCCCUCUGCUACCAAACAUACAGGGCUUUAGCCGUUAGCGCUUGUUGUUGAAAGUCAACUUUCUCUGGUAUCGUGAAACUUUUGGUGCCAAAUUGUCAAUCUGUUACAAAGUUUUAUCUCAGUGGGUCAAACCUGGCAGAGUAAUGGUUAGAACAUGUGUAAAGUGCUGGAAACAACACUGAUAUGUGAGCUGACAAGCCCCUGGUGUUAUAUUACAGCUUCAACCUCCACUAUUCAGUUCUGUGAGUUGUCUUGCAGCUGGAGACUGUUCAUGUAAGACAACUUUAGGUUUCUCGUUGGAUGGACUAUGCAGAUUGUUCAGACUGUAGUUAGCUGCUGUGUUUCUAGUUAGGCUAGUACUGGACCAUACAGUGCUGUGUCAAGAAAUACACAUGCUUCUCUCAGGUAACUGACUAUUGGCUUGGCUUGUUUAAACAAGACUGUUUCUGUGGUAUCAAUAAGGGGAGGGAGGUUUAAUUGAGUGUAAUGACUGGGUGAUUGAGUUCUCUAACAAGCCUCCAGUACCAUUCAGGUCUCAUUAUCAUCAAAACAAUCCCACCAGUGGUGUCAUCAGCCAAUGACCUACAUUCUCUCUUGUUACAUCACCACUGUGUGUGUCACUGUUUCUGUAACCAGAAAAAGGCAACUUCUCCAACUCUAGCACUUCUGAUGCUAUGGUGCUCCAGAACGUAUCUAUCUAACCAGGGCAGCAAUGUUCUAGAACAGCUCUACCUACUGUUUUAGCCAUAUCAGAAACUUCAGUCAGGGACAAGCCCAGCAGCUGGUGUUUUCUUAUUUAUAGGUAUUUUUCUUAUCUAGUGGUGUCUGUUACUAGGUUAUGUGCAUUGUAUAGACUCUGGCUGUAGUUACAGAGUGUGUGAGUGUGGAGAGAGACAGACAAUCUUUAAAGUAGAGGGACUGUUUAAGAGGACAGUCUGGAGAACGGGAAAGGAGACGAGGGGGGGGGAGAGGGGGAGCGAGAGAUCAUUUGGAAGAGAAGGCAGGAAGUGGUGGAGCGAGAGAAGGAGGAAGUGCAGCGGCUACUGAGGGAGGCACAGAAAACAGUGUGGAGGAGGAGAGAGGGAUUCCAGGAGAGGAUAGGAGAGGACAAGCUGAGGGGAGAGAGAAGCGCAGAGAGGGGGAGAGAGACCGCCCAGGAGGUGAUCUGGAGGAAGAGAGAGGAAGAGGGGGAGAAAGAGAGGGAGAAGGCCAAGGCCAUCCAGAGAGGACACGAGACCAUCUGGAGGAAGAGAGAGAGGGAGUGAGGAAAAGAGAGAGGGAGUGAGGAAAAGAGAGAGGGAGUGAGGAAAAGAGAGAGGGAGUGAGGAAAAGAGAGAGGGAGUGAGGAAAAGAGAGAGGAGGAAGAGUUAAAUUACUUAGGAGUAUUGUCCAGCAGCCUUGGAACCUGAAAAACAAAGCUGCUCGCAGGAGAGAAAGAGGGAUAAAGAGAGAGAGGAAUAAAAAGCAGGAGGGAUAAAGGUAGUUUUUCCCUGCCAGAAUUGGUGUCUGGCCAUAGAUCAGCAGGUCUUAACAGAACUUUGCUAUAUUAAGCUCUGCAGAUAAUCUUACUCUGUUGUAUCGACCCGUUACUGCUGUGCCUUGGCAGUGUGUGUGUGUGUCAGCCCUGUGUGUGUGUGUGUGUGUGUGUCCCUUCUGAUCUACUCGUUGGCAGCUGAUAGGGUUUUUAUGGGCCCGUGUCAGGCAAGAGAGGCUAGUGAGCUACUGCCCCGACAGACACGCUGAAACGCGCACCCACACACACCAGACUCACACACUCUGUGCCAUUUACAGGCAGUAGAGUAGGUUUCUACUCCAGCACAUGCUAACACACACAGACACAUGAGGGUAGGCCCCUUGAUGCAGUAACUCAUACCACCUGAGUGUCUGUGUCAAUAGACAAUCACAUUCUGAGGUUGUAUGUGGAAUCUCCAUGGUGCUCAAAGAUGAACAACUGGACUUAAGUGCCAUGCUACAUUAGUUGACAUGCUGAUGUGCUCAAACAGCAUUUUUCAGAACAGGUGCUGCAUACUUGAUCACAAAAAUCCUUUUUGAUUCUGUCUAUUGGAAAGUGGCAUUCAUUUCUGUGGAUUGAAAGUCAUAAAAUGUUGUAAGACUGACAGCAUAGACACCAAACAACUCUGACUAUCACUCAUCAGUGUGCUGGGUUAGACUCUUAGAGAGCGAUCCCCUCUGAUCUUCAAUUGCUCCUCUUGCUGCUCUCCUCUGUCUUGUAGAUGAAGGUGUUUCUUGCGCAGUGUCUGCCACACUGCCUGACAAUGACGGGAGGAAAUAAAACAGGGCGGACGGACAGACAACGGUCACUGAGAGGGAAAGAAAGACAAGAGUGUGUUUUUGAGUGAGAGACUGAUAAUACAGAGAAAGAGAGAAUGAACCACUGUUGUUGUUCAGACUGAAUCACACCAGAGAGUGUGGACUUGUUAGAGAAACACUGAAAUAACAUUGAACAUCUCAGAUCCAUGAUGGAGCUGGUCCCUAAAACUAAGUACACUCACUUCCGGAGUGAAUCUCUCAGUUCGAAUGACGAUACCAACUCCAACCCUUUCUCCCUCCCCCCUUCCACCCCCGCAACCCCCCUCACCCCUCCUGGGCUACCCUCCUCCCUCUCCUCCUCCUCUCUCACCCCCAUCCUCCCCCCUUCCUCCCCCCGCCGGGCCGAGAACAGCCCCACCACGCUCUGUUCCUUCUUCCCCAGGAUGGGAGCCCUUCGCCUGGGCGUCUCUGCCACUCUACUCCCAGGCCUCAAGGUCUCCAGCAGGCCUCAGCGGGCUCAAGCCCCCAUGGGGUCUUCAGGGGGUAACAGUUCCAGCUCUCCCACUCCUCACCCCCCUCCCUGUCUAACAGCCCCCUCUCCCCCUCAUCGCCCCCCUCUGCAGGAUAUGAACCGGCUGGGUGGGGCGUCCAGGAGGGCGCGGGUGGAGGGGGGGCAGCUGGGGGGAGAUGAGUGGACGCGCCACGGCUCCUUCGUUAACAAGCCCACCAGAGGAUGGCUACACUCAGACCUUGUGGUCAGCACCACUGGGGUUGCCUACUCAGUACGGUAUAUGGGCUGUGUGGAGGUGCUACAGUCUAUGAGGGCACUGGACUUCAACACCAGAACUCAGGUCACCAGAGAGGCUAUCUCAGUGGUGUGUGAGGCAGUGCCUGGAGCCAAAGGAGCCCAACGCAAGAGAAAGCCGUCGUCUCGCUGUAUGACGUCCAUUCUGGGGAAACGUAACCUGCAGUUUGCUGGGAUGACCAUCAGCCUGACGGUCUCUACCAGCAGCCUCAACCUGCUGGCCUCCGACUGCAAACAGAUAAUUGCAAAUCACCACAUGCAGUCCAUCUCUUUCGCUUCUGGAGGAGACCCAGACACAGCAGAGUAUGUAGCAUACGUGGCCAAAGACCCAGUCAACCAGAGAGCGUGUCAUAUCCUGGAGUGUUCGGAGGGCUUGGCCCAGGAAGUUAUCAGUACGAUAGGGCAGGCCUUCGAACUACGCUUCAAACAGUACCUGAAGAACCCCCCCAAACUGGUCACCCCCCAUGACAGGAUGGCUCCGUUUGACGGCUCAGCGUGGGAGGAAGAGGAAGAUGAGGGAGCACCGCCCCCUGCAGAUGUUCCGUACUAUAAUAACUUCCCCGGGAAACAACCUCCUCCUGGGGGACUGGUGGACAUGAGGGCCCGCCCUGGGGCUACGCUGCCCUAUGGACAGCCGGGUCAGAAUGAUAUUCACAAGCAGCCUCUUCCCCCUCUACCAAUGGGAGCAAAGGAGGGAGGGCGGGACCUGUGUGAUGACCCCUCAUACGUCAAUGUGGAUAAACCCCGCCCCACAACAGCUGCAGUCAAUGGCAACGCUCACAGAGAUGCGUUCGACAUGAAGCCGUUUGAUGAUUCCCUGGGUGUAUCAGGUCUGGGGGUCUCAGCGGCACCCCCUCUGGUGGAACAGCUGCAGUGUGAGGCCUGGUUCCACGGCAGCCUGAGUCGCAGGCAGGCUGAGAGACUGCUGACCCGUGAUGGAGACUUCCUGGUCCGAGAGUCAGGCACCACCCCUGGACAGUACGUCCUCACUGGACAACAGGGGGGUCAGCCCAAACACCUACUACUGGUCGACCCAGAGGGAGUGGUACGUACCAAAGACCACCACUUUGAGAGUGUGAGCCACCUGAUCAGUUACCACAUGGACAACAGACUGCCCAUCGUAUCAGCAGGCAGUGAGGUGUGUCUGCAACAACCAGUGGAGCACAGGGCCUGAACACACACACAAAUACAGCAAUGCAACACUCACACACUCUCAGAAACACUACACAUAAGCAGUGCUGACCACAUUAAGGAAAGCCAAAAAAAACACCUCUGUCACUCUUUCUGCCAAAAUCAUUUGCUCUCUGCUUUUCCUCACACCCUCCUCUCCUCUUGGACAACUCGCUGUUUCCUCCGUGAACCCUCCUUCUGUUCAUCCUUCCGUCAUCGAGGUCCACUCCCUCCACUUCCUUCAUUCCUCCAAAGAACGUGGGAGUAACACACAGGAACACUUUAUUUUCCUUCUCAUUGGGACAGAAAUUAAUACAAUUUAGUAAAAAACUGAGCAUUAUUAAUUAAAUCAUGCCAUAGAAUCAUUCAGAACUGAUACAAUCAUAUUAAAGGAGGACUAUGGACCUUGGAGGGGAGGAGUGAAAGGUAGAGAGUGGUCUUGAGCCAGACAUGGCAGAGGAAACAGUUUCUCUCACCGUCACAGAAGCACUCCAAAGACUUGUCUGAUGAUUGGACUCAUCAGAGAGCUCAGACAUGGACCCUCCAAUCAAAUAUCAUUUGAACACAGGAACAGCCAAUCAAAUAUCAGUGGAACACAUGAAUAACCAAUCAUGACUGAGAUCAGACGUCCUGUUAAUAUGCAUAGACAUUUUUGUGUCCACACCAAUCAGGGCCCUCACUCACCCUCAAGCCACUCCCAUUAAAAGACAUUUCAUCUUUGACCAUUGACCCCCUGAGUGAUACCUGGUGAUGUCACGGAGGACGUCUCUGUAUGCAAAAAGGGGGGUUGCUAUGCCAACAACCAUUGUCUCCGUCUGUCCAAAUAUGGACAAGGUUUCUUUCCGGCCUCCGAAGGUGGAGUUUGAUAAAAGGAUGUGAUUCAUGCCCAUCCGGCAUCAUCCUGUCUGUCUGCAUGGGACUGGUCUUACCUUUCUGCUCUGAUCAUGACAAAGAAAGUGGACUUGGUUGGACUGGGACAGCAGAAACCAUGGAGAUGACUCAUACACCAACAUGCAGUGUGUUAGUCUGUAUCUGUCAUGUACUUUCAUUGGGAGUAUAGUGUCUUUACAUAGAGAGGGAUGGAGAGAAGACUGGGAAGAGGCAGGGGGGAGGUUCCACAUCUAGAGAUGUCAUCAGACUUAGACAUGAUGUCAUCAGACUUAGACAUGAUGUCAUCUGAAAGAGCUCAAACCAAUUCUACGACGAUGUCACAGUCAACCCAAAUGCGGCUGUCACAAUUUAAUCGGUGCUGUGUUGGAAUCGUAGUUCGGAUUAUUGCCAAUAUUUUCUUGCUUUUCAAUGGAUUUGUUGUUAAUAUCUGUUUGCCUUGACAAUCUAUGGCCAUGUCUCUGUCUGGACGGGUGGGGGGUGGAGAGGUUGUGGGGGAAUACUGGAUGAAGUGUGUUUUAAUGCCGAAAGCAUCCGGUCCAGAGCAUUCAAAGCAAUGAUUUUAUCUCCUCUCCAAAUGUGCUGCAACACUUGGUCAGGAGAUUAGCUUUUAGCGUUAGCAUUAGCAUUAGUGUGUGAUGUGUUUCUUCUCAGCUCACUGCAGGGAAAACUGUUAUCAGCGCUGUUCACAACGAAAUCUGGGAGCUUCGCAAACGUUGGUCGGACGUUGGACUUUGACGUGUUGUUUUCCUUGGAAUUAGAAGAUAGUAGAGGGAGAGAAAGCGGAGGAAUCAUCCUCUCCCUCCUUCUCUUCAUGAUAUUUUUUGUAUCUUUUACUCGUGCCUUGUUUCUUCGAUGCAGUCACCUCACUCCAGUGCAGUCUGUCACCUAAUGUACUGUGCUUAUUGUACAGUCAGUUGAUGUACUUAAUCCAAAUGUAGUGGACCGUUGGAUCCUGUCACAUGGUCUCUCAGGCCAACAAACACUCUGCAAAAAGGACACUGACUCUCACCACCCAGGUCCAGUGAUGGCAAUCCGCUCCUCUAUUGCACAUUCAUUCUUACUUCCUGUUGUCACUUGUUGUUGGUUGUCACGGUUGCUCGAUGUCGCAGCUCUCAUUGGAGGGAUUUCCACUCCACCUGUAAAUAACAUCAGACCUGAUUGGUCGGUUUGAGUUCUUGGUUCUGAAAUGAAAGUCUUUAUUGUUUAGAUGUUAUUAAUAACAUGGGUGGGACAGAACCAGAUACUGUAUUUCACAUGUAAUUCCCACAGAAUACUUUUCUCUCUGAAUCCAAUUCAUUUUGAUUCUAGCCAAUGAACCAUGUCCAGGUUUUUGAGGGAGGCUGAAACCAAACUGUAAAUGUGGAAGUGAAAAGUAAACUGGGAUCUGCCACCUGCUGCACAAAAUAUUUCUGUCUGAUCAGUAGGGUUGCAAAAUCCCGUGGUUUUCCAGAAAUCCUGGUUGGAGGAUUCACGGAAUUCCUGCAUAUUCGCUCGUGUAAUUCUAUGAUUAUUUUAACCAGGAUUUCUGGAAAACCAGGGAAUUUGGGGAAAGUUAUUUGAAUUUUGCAACUCUAGUCAUGAGAAAGGGCUCUGAACCUGGACAGGUAAUUGUUUUAUUCAUCUUUCUCAUUGUGCUUCUGUGUGUGUGUUGUGAGAGGAUGUGUGGAUGAUCAGAGUUUAUGGUUGGGAGUGUAGGGGAUUGUCUAGUUCUUACAUGGUGGCACGUGUGCUCUGUGUGUGAGGCCUUUGCUUCAUUCUGUCACAAACACACAGAAGGUACAGCUGUGUUAGACACCGACUGUUUAAGUGACUAUAGGUCCUGGAUAGGCAACAAGAAAACCAGUAUACAAGCCCCAAGGUGUGUGUGUAAAAGGAAUAAUCUAUCCUCUACAUAAUUUGUGAAGCAUUCUAGCGUUGUCAUUGUUCAUCACAGUUGCCUUUGUUGCAUGGAAAUCAAUUUUUUAUGGUUUCUAUAUUGUUUUUGUUUUGAUGUACUUUGUCAUUUGAGUUUUGAAAGCCAAAGGGUUAUUUUCAAUUAGCCUUCACAAAUAUUGAUUUAAUUUUUUACUUUUUACAGUUCUGUUUUAAUACUCUUGUUCUUUUGGGGGAAAAUACAUCUGUUUACACCUGUAUCUGAAAUCACAGAUUGCAUAUAUCAUGAAUCUUUCUUGGUGAGUUUGGUUUUAAAAUGCAGGUUCUUGGUUUACUCUUUGGUCUCCUGUGAUGUGUUUUCUUAAAUGUUGAUUCAUAACUAUUAAAUAGAACAUAUCCCCUUUA